AAAAUUAGAUGUUGUGGAAUAAACUAUGGACGGUGAUGGUCCCCGGUUUGGUUUUGUAUAAAACGUACGGCAUGAUGUACGCAUAGAGAAAUUGGAUUUGAAAACUUGAUCUGGUCGUGAAAGUAACAUCGUUUAGAUAUCCAUGGAUAAAAUAAAUUAAGAUAUUUUUUGAAGUCGGCCGUCACUACUACUGUUACCUUUUUUUCUGAGCACCGUCAACUUGGUUCUCUCCACUCAAAGGCAACCAGUUUUCAGGUUCACACCUUCACCCUUUGACCUCCAUCUUUUCAACUACUUGCAUUGUUUUUGUAUAAGUUACUUCUUCUUUUGUUCCAUAGUUUAAACACUGAGGAGUCUUGGUGGCGGCCAUAACCAGUUCCAAUUUUUGGUUGCUACGAAGGGUUAGGUUAAAAAUUACAGAGGUGAAGUUGUAAGUGUAAAUAUGGCGAAUGGUAGAGAACAGGGUAACGAGGGUGAAGCGGGAGACUAUCGUACGCUGUCAAUGCCGAUGAUGUUUUCGGGGUUGGAUAGGGAGAGGGAGAUGUCAGCCAUGGUCUCUGUUUUGACUCAAGUUGUGAGUGGAGAUGAACAUAGUCAUGAUCACUCCAUUCUUCAUCAAAACAUUGACAACAAUGGAAACGGAGGUGGUGAUGGUCUUACUAUUACAUCGAACAUAGAUUCUGGUUCCAUCACAGCAUCUUCUGCAUCUUCAUCUUACGGUGGAAACUCUGUUCUCAAGAGAAGGAGGGAAGUUGAUACAAGUGAUCCUCCAGGUGGAACUUCUUUCCCUGCUAUUUCAACAUAUGGAGUUGGCGAAAGUUCAAGCAGGGUGUACGAUUACGAGUACAGGGCAGAGAGGAUGGGAGUGGGAGAGGAACCAAAGAGGAAAUACAGAGGAGUGAGGCAGAGGCCAUGGGGGAAAUGGGCUGCGGAAAUAAGGGACCCAUUCAAGGCUACCAGAGUCUGGUUAGGAACAUUCGAGACUGCUGAGGAUGCAGCCAGAGCCUACGAUGAAGCUUCCUUACGUUUCAGAGGCAACAAAGCCAAACUCAACUUCCCUGAAAAUGUCAGGCUCAGACACCCAUCACCGCAACCACCACCACCACCACCCACCCUUUUCUCCAUUCCGUCUACAACUCAACCCAUUGUUCACACUCAGCCUCAAGCUCAGAGUUCACGUGAUUACGGCAACUUUUACGAAUAUUGUUAUUCGCAUGUUCAUGAGUUUCCCGUGAGCCUCUAUGACCAGGUUGCCGUCUCAUCACCAUUCUCUGCGGCGGCUUCUCAUCUUCAAUCUUCACCUUCCUAUUCUUCUUCCUCAACUAUCACUUCUUCCCAACCACCUCUUCCUUCUACUUAUGCCCCUGCUUACACUAAUACCUCCCACCCUUCCGCCUCAUAGUUAUAUAUAAUCUCUCCCUUAUUCAUUUGUUUAGGACCAUAAUUACCAAUAAUUCACCACGUUUGUGAAAUAUUGUCACUAUCUUUGUGGGAAAUCCCUUCCCAACAAACUUUUAUUUAACACGUGUAUUAAAAUUUAAAACUCCAUUUUAAAUAAUUUUGACAUGAAA